AUGCUGCCCAACGCCAAGUCGGUGACCACCGCGCUGCGCAAGGUCAAGGACCUGCCCUACCAGGUCAUCGCCAACGGACACGGACCGCUGCUCAAGUUCAACGUGGCGGAGAUGGUGGGCAGCGCGUUUGUGGAUGCGGGGGUGGAGCCGAUGAUGGGCGCGCUGCGCGUCAAGGACGACCCCACAGAGGCGCUGUACCAGCUGUUUGAGGAGGCCGGCACCGACCUGGCCCAGGCGCUAACCGCCAAGGAGGCCAGCGCGCGCAAGAAGGCGGCCAUGUGCCCGGACGUGGCCAAGGCGCUGGCGCGCGUGUCGGGCGGCCUCUACAUUGUCACCGCCGCCCACACAAAUGCCAAGAGCGCCAUGGUGGCCAGCUGGGUCAGCCAGGCCUCGUUCGAGCCGCUGGGCCUCACCAUCGCGGUGGCCAAGGACAGGGCCAUCGAGUCGCUGAUGCAGGUUGGCGACGCCUUUGUGCUCAACUGCCUGGGCGAGAACGAGUACAGCGCCACGCUCAAGCACUUCCUGCAGGCGAGCCUUGCAUCCUGCAGCCGCCGCUUCCCGCCCGGCGCCGACCGCUUUGAGGGCAUCGCGUGGCGCCCCGCCGCCAACGGCUGCCCCGUGCUGGACGGCAGCAUCGCGCACAUGGAGUGCGUGGUGCGGUCGCGCAUGGAGACGUCCGACCACUGGGUGGUGUACGCAGAGGUGGUGGAGGGGGAGGUGACGCAGGCGGAGAAGAAGACGGCGGUGCACAGGCGCGUGGUGGCCUCCUACUACUGA